AUGGUCCUCGAAGGCAUCAGCAGACUAGUAGAUUCACUUCCUCGAAAAACUUCGAGAGCUCCGCCCGAAGAUACUCAGGCCACCGACUCGGAAUGGCCAUUCGUGGGUGAUGAAGACUCCUCCACUACCCACCCGAUCAAGAGAAGGCGCACCCAUGCUGUGGAGGAGGCCUUCCCACGCACAAGCCAGAACUAUAGACCACCCACGUCAAGCGAGCCGCCCCAGUCUCCAUCGGUGGCAGAGACCGAAGGUGAAGCCAGUAACUCGCCUGAGCAUUGCGGAGAUGGACUCGAUCCUCGCGAUGACGAACUGGGCACCAUCGACUUGCAAAGGUAUCUUUCGCCAUCACAACAGCACCAUCAGCCGGGUCGCAGCGAGGGUGACAAGCGCCGAGCCCUCGAGGCAGCAGUCCAAGUGGCCAAGAAAACUGCCAUCAUGCAGCCGAAGCCCGAGUUCCUGAUGUCGUCCCUGAUGGAGCGAGUCAACUUCUAUGACUCGUCGACGUACCCGACCGCCGAGUUCGUUCACACAAUCAUGGACAGGAGGCGGAACAACGUCGCCAUGACUUAUUAUCUCGACAUCAAUACCAAUGUAUCACCUUCGACGUUUGAAGACAUGGCCCUCGCUCUGAUCAAUCACAAGGUCUACGGACAGACAAGACUACACUACAUUGUCUGCGUCAAUUAUAUUGCAUAUUCAUAUUUAGUGGCCAUUGGAUCCGAAGGGCAGAGCCGGGCCAUGGUCGAGAACCUCGAAGAAUCGAAGCGCAGGUAUUAUGCAAAGGCAUUUGCCGCUCUUGAUGAAAUGGACCUCAAGGCAGCACCAGACAUUCCAAUGCUCCAGGCACUAUUAUCAGGUGCCAUGCUGUCACAGGACACGGGAAAUAUGCGCCGUUGCUGGCGCCUCAACACCAAUGCAUGUCGAAUUUGCGCCAGUCUUGGGGGCAGGGCGCUGAGUGAGCUCAACACCAGUGGGUCAUUCGAGGAGGCCAUGAACACCCGCUUAGUAUUCUUGAAAUGCUACAUCUUUGACAAAUCGCUGUCGGCAAACAUGUAUCAACCAUCGUGCUCUGCGCACAUGCGGCUGGAUUCUUCGAAAUUGGAUCUCUCCCAACCUUCUCAUGCCAUGUUGUUCAUUCUUUUGGAGCUCUCCCGGGUCCAGGAAAUCAUUGUCCGCGAGACAAGCGCAAUCAAGUCCCCCAGUCAACCAGCCAGACUUGGCAUGGAGAAUUUGACCAGUAACGAAGAACUGAGAGCUUGUCAAGGCAGAAUGCAUCGCAUUUUCGCAAAAACUCAGGAAUUUCGAGCCAAGCCGCCUUCAAACCAAGACGGAUACUUGAAAUUUGAAUGGAUGAACGUCGAUUUCAUCUAUGCCUCUAUGAUGACCACUCUGAUACGUCUGACGGCGCGCAUCGACGAUACGCGUUCCAACCAUGAAUGUCUGAGGCACGCUCGGAACUCCUUGUCAUCCUUGAAUGUCCUUCUCCAGAUCGUCUCCCAGCCCUCCUCAUUUCGGGGCAUGGCUUUGAGUUCGCUCGCAUGGCUUGUGCCACUGUAUCCCUUAAGGCCCCUGUACUGCGUCUUUGGCAAUAUUGUUGCAACUUCAGACUCUCUCGACUUAAAACUCCUCCGGGAUACGGCGAACGGCCUGGAAUCGCUAGCUCAGACCCACGCAUCAAUGGGUGCGAUCCACAAGCUUUGCAGUUCGCUCAUUGACUUGUGUGCCCCUUUUGUCGAAACAAGUGAAUCCGGUCAGAACCCCCAGACGUCACAGCUUGGGCCCGUGGGAUUGUCAACUGGGCGCCUCCAGCAGCGUGAAGCGGUCCGAGAGCAAGGGCACCCUAGAAAUGUUCCACUUAAUCCCGAUGGCCGUGCGAUAGCGGGACCAGGGAACACGAAUCUGGGAUUCAACAGCAAUCUGCCCCAAGCGCAGGUGAACUUUAACAAGAAUGAUGGCUCCCAGAAUACAUACAACUUCGAUGGCGACCUUGACUGGGAGUUGUUUUGUGCGCAGCCAUCUCUUGACUUUCUCGAUAUGGAUUUGGAAAAUUAA